AAAUCAAGCAUUUUAAAGAUGUUCCACUGUCAUUGGACCUCAGAUGUUUUGGUAAAUAGUUCUUGUAAAGAAGGCAGCUCCAAGCAAAAGCAACCAAACAAGAAAAAGAGGAUCAUCUAUGAUUCAGAUUCAGAAUCAGAGGAGACAGCACAGGUAAAAAAUGCGAAAAAGCAAUCAGAAAAAUUGAUGUUGUCUUCUAAACCUGGUAAAAUUCUACGGCAGGAUCCUGUUACAUACAUUUCAGAAACAGAUGAAGAAGAUGACUUUAUGUGUAAGAAGGCAGCCUUUAAAUCAAAAGAGAACGGAGGAUCGGCAAAUAGUUAUCUUGGAGGAUCAAACAUGAAAAAGAAUGAAGAAAACACUAAGACCAAGAACAAGCCUUUAUCACCAAUAAAACUUACACCCACAUCAGUGCUUGAUUAUUUUGGAACUGGAAGUGUUCAAAGAUCAGAUAAGAAGAUGGUGGCAAGCAAAAGAAAAGAGCCUUCACAAAACACAGAUGAUUCCAGAUUAAAUGAUGAAGCCAUUGCCGAGCAGUUGCAGCUUGAUGAAGAUGCGGAGUUGGAGAGGCAACUGCAUGAGGAUGAGGAAUUUGCCAGAACAUUGGCCAUGUUGGAUGAAGAACCCAGGACUAAAAAGGCUCGAAAGAAUCCAGAAGAGAGAGAAAUGUUUUCAUCUGUCCAAGCCAACUUAAGUAAAGCAGAAAAAUGUAAAUAUCCUCAUAAAGUAAAAACGGAACAAUUUUCAGAUGAAAGAAAGAACUGUAGUCCUAAGAAGCAAACUAAGUCUGAAAGUUCAAAAGAAUCUCAGCAACAUUCCAAGUCGUCACCUCACAAAAUAGGAGAACACUGUUCUCUGAAAGCCGGUUCUAAGUUGGCACUUUUGAAAAAAAAAGACAGUUCUUUUAAGGAAACUGAGCCUAUGGCCCCCAAAAGAAAAGAAAAUUUUAUUGAAUUGAAAGGAGAGACAAAAAUGCCUAAGAAAACCAAAAGUUCUCCUGUUAAAAAAGAGUCUGUAAGUCCUGAGGAUUCUGAAAAGAAACGCACUAAUUAUCAAGCUUAUUGAAGCUACCUAAAUCGAGAGGGUCCCAAAGCUCUGGGCUCUAAGGAAAUACCAAAGGGAGCUGAAAAUUGCUUGGAAGGCCUUAUAUUUGUUAUCACAGGAGUGCUGGAGUCUAUUGAACGAGAUGAGGCCAAGUCUCUAAUUGAGCGUUAUGGGGGAAAAGUAACUGGAAAUGUCAGCAAGAGAACAAACUACCUUGUCAUGGGUCGUGAUAGUGGACAGUCCAAGAGUGCUAAGGCAGCAGCCUUGGGGACAAAAAUUAUUGAUGAAGAUGGCCUAUUGAAUAUGAUUCGAACUAUGCCAGGCAAGAAGUCCAAGUAUGAAAUAGCAGUGGAAGCUGAGAUGAAAGAAAAAUCCAAAUUGGAAAGAACACCUCAAAAAAAUGACCAAAAAAAGAGGAAAACUAGACCGAAUAAGAAGGAAUCAGAAUCUAAAAAGAGCAAGCUGACUCCCAAAAGGGAUUGCUCUACAAAGGCAGUGAAAACAGAAAAGAGUGUGUUUCGGAAAGGUCUGGACUUUGAAGAGCAAGUGACCGAGGAGACAAAUGGCGACAGCAGGGCGAGGAAUUUAGCUGAUGAUAGCAGUGAAAACCAUGUGGAAAGUUUGCUCUGGGUAGAUAAAUAUAAGCCAGCCUCACUCAAGACCAUAAUUGGACAGCAAGGUGACCGCUGUGCCAACAAACUCCUACGCUGGCUCCAAAACUGGCACAAGAGUCCAUCCGAAGAUAAAAAACAUGUAAAAUUUGGUAAAUUUGCUGGCAAGGAUGACGGCUCUGGUUUUAAAGCAGCAUUGCUGUCAGGCCCUCCAGGUGUUGGCAAAAAAAAAAAAACAGCCUCUCUGGUUUGUCAGGAAUUGGGAUACAGCUAUGUGGAACUGAAUGCAAGUGACACUCGGAGUAAGAACAGUUUGAAGGAGAUUGUUGCUGAAUCGCUGAAUAAUACCAGCAUCAAAGGCUUUUGUUCAAGUGGAGCAGCUCACCCAGUGAGCAUCAGACAUGCUCUCAUCAUGGAUGAAGUGGAUGGCAUGGCAGGCAGUGAAGACAGGGGAGGAAUUCAGGAGUUAAUUGGCCUGAUAAAGCAUACAAAAAUUCCCAUUAUUUGUAUGUGCAAUGACAGAAAUCAUCCCAAGAUCCGCUCUUUGGUUCAUUAUUGUUUUGAUCUUCGUUUUCAAAGACCUCGAGUUGAACAGAUAAAGGGUGCUAUGAUGUCUAUUGCCUUUAAGGAGGGUUUGAAAACUCCCCCUCCAGCUAUGAAUGAAAUAAUUUUAGGAGCUAACCAAGAUAUCAGACAGGUUUUACAUAAUCUGAGUAUGUGGUGCGCACAAAGUAAGGCAUUAACCUAUGACCAGGCCAAGGCUGACUCCAGUAGGGCCAAAAAACUGGGCCCAUUUGAUGUUGCCUGGAAAGUAUUUGUAGCUGGGGAGGAGACUGCUCAUAUGUCCCUUGUGGACAAAUCAGAUCUCUUUUUUCAUGAUUAUUCAAUAGCACCCCUCUUUGUCCAGGAGAACUACAUACACGUGAAGCCUGUAGCCGCAGGGGGUGACUUGAAGAAGCACUUGAUGCUUUUAAGCAGAGCAGCAGAUAGCAUAUGUGAUGGUGACCUAGUGGACAGUCAGAUUCGGAGUAAGCAAAACUGGAGUCUUCUCCCCACACAGGCCAUUUAUGCUAGUGUUCUUCCUGGAGAGUUAAUGAGGGGGUACAUGACCCAGUUUCCCACUUUCCCAAACUGGCUGGGGAAGCGUUCGUCUGCAGGCAAACACGAUCGGACUGUUCAUGACCUCGCAUUGCAUAUGAGUCUCAGAACUUACUCCAGCAAAAGGACCAUAAACAUGGAUUAUCUGUCUCACAUAAGAGAUGUACUUGUACAACCUUUGACCUCACAAGGGGUCGAAGGAGUAAAGGAUGUUGUUGCACUCAUGGACACAUAUUAUCUGAUGAAAGAAGACUUUGAGAAUAUCAUGGAAAUUAGCAGCUGGGGAGGCAAACCUAGUCCUUUUGCCAAGCUGGAUUCCAAGUUUAAAGCAGCCUUCACAAGAGUUUACAAUAAGGAAGCCCACCUUACUCCAUAUUCACUUCAAGCAGUAAAGACAUUUAGACGCAGCGCAGGCCCAGCACUGGAUUCCGAAUAUAAUGAAGAGCUAAAUGAAGAGGAAUCUCAAUCUGAUGAGAAAGACCAAGACUCUCUGGAAGCUGAUGCUAUGAUCAAGAAAAAGACAAAAUCUUCAAAGCCUUCAAAACCAGAAAAAGAAAAGGAGUCCAAAAAGGGAAAAGGAAAAAGUUCGAAGAAAUGAAACCAUUUUAUUGACAGCCACUUUUUACAUAUCCCGCUGACCAGUCUGUCUGGUCUAGAGAAAGCCUUAUUUUUUUCCCAGAGGAACCAUGCUUUAGCAGUAAUGGGAUGACUUGGUGGUCCCAUUAUAAAUAAACGGUGGUACAGCUAGAAGGAUGUAACCAGUAGGCUAACAUACACCUCUUAUAGAGGUUGAUAGGACUG